UUGUAUAUUGGAAAAUACCCAAAAGAACCGCCUAUAAAAUGAGAAGAAAAAAGGCGAAAUCAAAAUUAAUUCACAUUGCACGCACUCUGCUCAAAACAGAAAAUGGAACCUUGUAGAACCGCUGCAGUGGACGAUCAACUUGCUUCUACUUCCGAAAUCCAAUCUCAGCUUUCCUCCGUCGUUUAUGAUCUCUCACAACAAAUGCAAGUGGCAAUGGAAAACAUGCUGAAGAUGAUAAAUGAAAUUGAUCAGAGCUCUACUGAAGUAACAGAAGACCUGGAGAAGUCCAAGGACUCUGCUCUUGAGAGGAAGAAAACUUUAGAGGAACAGAAGGAAGAUUUUCAAAGAGCUGCUUAUGCUAUUUUGAACAUGCUCAAUAACCAGGAGAGUGGCUAAAAUUUGUAAUUUUUGUGUAGAGGAUAUCUCAGACGUUUUGAACUUAUCAUUCCGCGUAAUGAUGUAAAGGUUGUAGCGAAUCCACUUGUCACAUAACUUUGUAGUAUUUUGGGAAAUAGAUUUGAGUCCUACCUGUUAAAUAUUAAGUGUUGAAUCUCAACAGUAAUGCCGAUGUAUGAUUCAUAUGAGUCAUGUUAUCUGCUUGCUGACUAUCCUGAAAGUUUCUUUGUAGCCUGUUAUGGCAAAGCUUUACCUCAGAUUCUUUCUCCUGGACAUCACUAGCUUUGAACUGAUUUGCAAUGUGAAACCACAUGAUUGCGUUGCAAAUUAUGUAUUGUGAUACAAUGCAUUUGCAA